CUUAGUGGCAGGUCUGGAGAUGGCACCGAACGAUCGUUCAUCCGAUAUGAAGGGGUGGUUAAUCCGUUGAUGUUUAGGAAAGGACAUCAGCUCAGUCCAGCCUUCUUUCUGUGGGAGACUUGGUACUUGUGGAAAACUUCACCCAGUCUGAAAGAUGCAAUGCUUCUAUUUCGCACCUUUGGCAAAAAGCAGUGAAUAUGUCGCCAGAGGACACAUGCUGAUGCCACGUGGGUGGAUGUUCUGAUUGGCUUUUAUAUCACAUCUAUCUUUUGGUAAAGCCCCGAGGGAGAGAAGCCGUGUAAUUUCACUAGUGCCGGACCUCACGUGCCCUGAAGGCUACAGACAAUGACCAGCCAAGAUGUGACGGUGAAAAAGGAACACUCUGAGGAAGAGAUCCAGCCUGCGUCCUGGCAGGACAACAACAAAGACUCCACUAAUAAGAAGAUGAAUGAUCAAACCGACGAAGUGCCUGCCGAAAUCUGCGUGGUGAUUGGGGACAACAGGAAGCAGCAAAGCGUUGGGGAGAACUCACCUGAGCGGCACGAAGCAGCAAUGAGUCAGGAAACGUCGUGGAGUGGAAGUGGUCGACAGCGGAGCAUUCCCCCACGGAUCAGCACAUCAUCCCCAGGGUCUUACGAGUGUGGCAUUUGUAGAAAGAAGUACAAAUAUUACAAUUGUUUCCAGACGCACGUGCGGGCGCACAUAGACAAUGAAUCGGCAUCGGGUGAGGGAGCAUCGCAGGGAAACAAUUUCCGCUACACGUGUGACAUCUGUGGCAAAAAAUACAAAUAUUACAGCUGCUUCCAAGAGCACAGGGACUUGCAUGCAGUGGAUGACACCUAUAUCCAUAUGAUGGUAACGUCAGGGGACAGUAAAGAAGAGGACUCUGAGCCAUUUCUCAAACUGGGUCCAAAGACGGGCAAUUAUACGUGUGAGUAUUGUGGCAAACAGUACAAGUACUACACUCCUUACCAGGAACAUGUGGCACUCCAUGCGCCCAUCAAGCGUGCAUUCAGCCCUGAUGUGGAAUCCAGGGAAUCGAAGACUGUCAAUAACUAUGAUGAAACAAACAGCAACUCACAGCACUCGAGUGCUCUAUAUAUCUAUAUCUCAGCAGCUUCCAGCAGGACACACCCUGGCAUGGCCGACAUGGUGGCUGGAGGGAAUGUGACCAGUUGGCAGAAAGAAUCCUCCAACCCACUGAUUGGCAGUCCUUUCCCAUUAGUGCAAGAUAGCCGGAAACCCUAUCUGUCCCCAACCAAGACGUCCCCCUGUAUGAACAGUGGGCGGGGCUCAGCACCAAAACAGGAAAUAGAGCCGAGGGGGGGAGAGCUUGAAAUUGGUAAGGGAUGGAAGAAGAAAAUAAAACGGAAAGAGGAAACCAACCAUAAGCCGGUGAGGGAAGAGAAGGGAGCCAAAAUAGAAGUUGCACUGGAUACCUCGGCAAUGAGAGAGGAAUCGGGCUCUCAGAUGGUCCAAACUUCAUCCCGUGAUACUGCUCCAUCCACACUAGAGCCCUACACGUGCGGCGCAUGUGGGAUCCAGUUUCAGUUCUACAACAACCUGCUGGAGCACAUGCAGUCCCAUGCUGCCGAUAACGAAAAUAAUAUUCCAACCAACCAGUCCCGCACGGCACCUCCCACAGAAGAGCACUGGAAAACGCAACCCCAAAGAAAUAACACCAAUAACACAGCAGGGACAGCCCCUAUAAACAACUCCUUGCCCGAGAAGGAACGGCAACAUAUUGCUGAACGGCUGCUAAGGGUCAUGUGUGCCGACCUGGGAGCACUGAGCGUGGUCAAUAGCAAAGACUUCCUGAAACUGGCACAGACCCUCGUCGACACUGGAGCUCGUUAUGGGUCGUUUUCGGUAAACGAAAUUCUGGGGAACAUGAACACCCUUGCUCUCAAGCAUUUACCUCGAAUGUACAACCAGGUCAAAGUGAAGGUGACUUGUGCUCUGGGGAGCAAUGCCUGCUUGGGGAUUGGGGUUACGUGCCACUCCCAGAGUGUAGGUUCCGACUCCUGCUACAUUCUCACAGCUUAUCAGGUGGAGUGCAAGCAAAUAAAACGGUAUGUGUUGGGUAUUAAGGAUGUGGACAACAGGGACAGCGGGGAGUUUAUUCACCAGUGGGUGCAGAAUGUUCUCUCUGAGUUUGUCAUGUCAGACAUUCGGACGGUGUAUGUGACAGACUGCAAAGUCAACUCCUCUGCUUUCUCCAAGGCUGGCACCUGCCUCCGUUGUUCUGCCUGCUCCUUGAACUCUGUGGUGCAAAGCGUGUUGAACAAACGCACGCUACAGGCACGCAGUAUGCACGAGGUGAUUGAACUUCUGACUGUCACAGAGGAACUGGCUGGCUCCUCGGGCAUAGCAAAAGAGACAUUUGGCUCCUUGGAGGAGAGCUGCCCACCCCCUUGCUGGAACUCCGUCACUGAUUCCCUCCUUCUCGUUCAUGAACGAUAUGAGCAAAUCUGUGAAUUCUACAGCCGGGCUAAAAAAAUGAACAUCAUCCAAAAUCUCAACAAGCAUUUACUGAGCAACUUGGCGGCCAUCUUGGCUCCCGUCAAGCAAGCUGUGAUCAAUCUUAGCAAUGAACGCAAGCCCACCUUGCAGCUUGUGUUGCCCACCUAUGUGAAGCUGGAGAAACUCUUCACCUCAAAAGCAAAUGAUGCGGGCAUCAUCAGCAAGCUGUGCCACCUCUUUCUGGAAGCUUUGAAGGAGAACUUUAAAGUGGAAUCGGCACAUAAAGUUGCUAUGAUCUUAGACCCUCAGCAAAAGCUGAGACCUGUCCCGCCUUACCAGCAUGAAGAAAUCAUUGGCAAAGUCUGUGAAUUGAUCAACGAGGUCCGAGAUGUCGUUGAGGAACAGGAGUUUGAGACUCCGCCUAAAAAACUCAGGCAAACCUCGGAAACCUCCAAAGGUCUAGAAGAGGAUUGCUUGGGCAAAGGUGAAGUAUAUGACUAUUUGCAGGAGCCCCUGUUCCAAGUGACCCCGGACCUCUUCCACUAUUGGUCCUCCGUAACCCAAAAGCAUUCCAAACUUGCCAAACUUGCCUUCUGGCUGCUGGCUGUUCCUGCCGUCGGAGCCAGGAGUGAGUGUGUAAAUAUGUGUGAACAAACCUUGUUAAUCAAAAGGAGGAGACUUCUAAGCACAGAGGAGACUAAUAAAGUCAUGUUCCUCAAGUCCAAUAUGCUUUAAAGGAAAUACAUUUUGGGUAUAACACCUACAAAAAAAACACUGUUCCAAAUAAAUGACAAAGGAGUACAAACUGAAAACACUGUGGACCUCAGAAAGAAAAGGUUUAGAGGAAUUUAAAGUGCAUUUUUCUUGUUUUUACUGAAAGGAAGUUAAAAAAAAUGUAGAUGAGAAGAAUGGGUUUGUGGGUGAGUGAUCCGAGCACAGCACCAAACAAGGGUCCCGGAUGGAGCCAUAGAGUUCCGGGUAACAGGCAGCUGACUUCUAAAGUCACGGGAAGACUCCUCCUCCUCUUCCUCCUCCUCACUGCUCCAGACAAUAGAUUGUGCACUUUCAAGGCAUUGGGGAGUCUUAUUUAGGUGUCUGCGAAGGUGGGAAUGGAGGCGGAGCCUUCUGUAUACCUGUAAGGGGAAAGGGACUGUUUUAAAUAACGAGUUCUUUUCAUUACAAUCCAUUCCCUGUUUCGCUUUGACUUUUUUUUAAAGGCAUAAAAGAGAGUAUAUACUUAAAGGGAAACUUUUUGUAAGUUCUUUCAACUACUGUAUUCUGGCUUGUUGUCACCCUACCUUUUGUACAGGUCCACUAUGGAAAUGGUACCAUUAGGUUUCCCUAAUUAGUGACCAGAAUGGAAUGUAAGCUUUCCGUUCAACAAGCAGGCACAAACUGCCUUCCCUGCUGCAACUGGUUUUGUCACUGUGUGCAGUUCAAUGAACGUUGAAAUUUAUACAGGAAAUUUUUUGAGAAUGUUUUUUUCCCCCCCUGCAUUGUGUGGGGAGAAUAUCUACACUUGGUAACUGUAUUCACAGAAAUACCGACUCCCUGUCAGCUUUCUAACUGUCAUGUUGUAGCAGGAGAGUGCUGGGUGCAGGGGAACAAAUGGAUGUGCGGGAUUCUGGUUCUUUGCUCAGUGAGGCAACCAUCAAAAGGUCAAAUCUGAAGAUUUAGGGGUGUAUUUAACAACAUUGGAGACAACCAUCAGCUAUGAUGUUGCCCAUAAUAACCAGUGAGCACUUAGAUCUAAUUAGUUGCUAUGGGCAACAUCGCCGGCAAUGAUAAAUAGGGCACUUAAUGUUCUGCAGUAAUGGGGCAUCUGUGGGUGAACCUUUGAAACCUCUUGUGCUAAAAAUUUGCUGUGUUCCUGGCAAUGUAGGAGAUUGUCUGGAGACAGCUACUGUAGCAUUUGCCCCCAAUAGGUCCAACAGAAUCUUUUCUUCCCCUUAUUUAGUCAUUAACAUUGCCCUGGGCAUUUCCUGGAAAAAUGGCCAACGCUCUCCAUUCCCUUGGUUUUUACUGCAGUGCUGAGUCUCCAAACCCAACCAAAUGAGUCCACGUUGGAUGUGAAGUUAAACACUAUUGGCAAUUAGAGGUCAUUCCAUGGCACAAAGCCAACAGCCCAAUCUCCAUCUCAUUCAACUCUUUCCUAAUCCAAUUUUUCCUCCUUAAUCUCUAAUAAACCCAAAUUCUGCAUCUGGAAAUGUGUUUACUUGUUUUGCUUUUUGGCACCCCCCUCCCAGGGCAGUGAGGAGGGGUCAGGAAGGCACGGCAGUGAAUGAGCAAUGAUGGCAUCCACAUCAGCCAAGGUUUUGUGAUAGAGGAAGUUUGGCCCUGACAUUAAGUAGAUUUAUUCCUAUAGAUCCUGGCCACUAGCCUAUUUCUGCUUGUUUUGCAGCCAAAGGUGGUUUAAGGUAAUGUAUCUUACACAGAUUUGUGAUACCAAAUGGAUGAUAAUGGUCAUCAUUUUCAAGAAACAAAUAUUUAAAUUGUUUGCAUUUCCAUGUAUUUCCAUGUCGUUGGCGUUGAACCCUCCCUGUGUUGGAAAAUGGAAAUGCCCUUGACUGUAGGCGUUGGAGCUCAAUCUGAGGCUGAUCCGUGGAACAAUAAUCCUGUCACACCCACAGGCACACGGCCAGACCCAUUUGAAGAAUAAAAAUGAAAGGUAAAUUUGCCUCCAAAUAUCAGUGACAAUAUCAGAGUGCAAAGCUUUAAUAUGUAAACUAGACUUCCAAAGAAAACCCAUUUUGGCUUUGGGUUGCCCUGACCAUAUACCACUGAUUUGCUGGAUGAGCCUGUAUCCCCCCCAGAAUUAGAUCUCACUUAGCGACCUUGCCGACUUUCCCUUUGCCCUUGCGUUGCCCAUACUGUG